CAUACCUGCAUUCCAUUUUGUUUACAUUCCAUUCCGUCGCCCCGCACUAUUCGUACGUAUAGGCAGAAUAUCGUCAAUUCUGUGUACGUGAUCGCUUUUUACCGUUUUCGAUUCCGUCCGUUCGUUUUUUAAUCGCCAUUAUUUAAUAUUUUUGUUCUAUUUUAUUUUUUUUCGUUCGUGAUUAUCGUUUAUAGAUACAUACACAUAGCCCCGAGUACACGGACGCAUCGAAAACGAGUCUGCAUGUUUAAUUUAACGACAAACACCAUAGUGGUCAUCACAGCUCUAACCAGCCAGCCAGCCAGCCGUCCCGUGAGUAAUGUUCUCAAAGAAAAAGAAAAAACCUCAAAUAUCUUCACCAACAAAUUUUGAACACAGAGUGCAUACUGGCUUCGAUAAACGUGAAGGUAAAUUUAUAGGUUUGCCUUUACAAUGGGCAAGCAUUGUUGGUAACAAUCAAAUACUUAAGAGUACCAAUAGACCAUUACCUCUUGUGGAUCCAUCAGAAAUCACUCCUACAGAAAUAUUAGAUUUAAAAACUAUUGUGCGUGGAGAAAAUAAUCCAAAAAUCAAUAAUAACCCCGUUAACAUUCGAAACAAUGAACCAGCUGGACUACCAAAAACAUCUAAUGUUGCACGUUCAAACUCAUUACGUUCCUCAAGUCCACCACGUAUUCGGAGGCAACAUCCAAAUGUACCACCUCCGUUGCCAGAAAAUGAAGUGUUAGUAAUGAACCAGAGUUUAGUACCACAACAUUUACCACAAUAUCCAACACCUAACAAUACUCAAACAAAACUUGAUUACAGCAAUAAAUUUAUAAAACCAGGAGGUUCAGAAUGGUCCCCUCAAGAAACACCGGUAUCACGAAUAAAUCAGAACAAUACUCCUACAGGUCAAACAAUUAUACCAGAUCAAGGUGGAUCUCAUUCAUAUCAUUCCAUGCAAAAUGGAAAUAUCCCACCAAUAUUUUCUAAUGGCACAGCAGUUGACUCGCCAUCUGGAAGUCAAACAUCACAAGCCAAUACUCCCGUGCCACCAAAUCGUACCCAACCAGUUAUUAACAAUGCCCAGAUUGUUAGUACAAACAAGGGCAUGGCUCAAAAUCUUACUCGAAAUCAAGAUCAGAACCAAAAUAUUAAACCAACCACAAAUGGUAUAUCGACAGCUAGUACAAUGUCAAUUCCUAGUAUAGCUACAAAACAACACCAUGAACAACAACGCAUUACACAUGAACAAUUCAGGGCUGCUCUUCAACUGGUCGUUAGUCCUGGAGAUCCUCGUGAAAAUUUGGAUAGUUUCAAAAAAAUUGGUGAAGGGUCAACGGGUACUGUUUGUAUAGCUACGGAUCGAAUGACUGGUCGUAAAGUGGCUGUAAAAAAAAUGGAUUUGAGAAAACAACAACGUAGAGAACUAUUGUUCAAUGAAGUUGUCAUAAUGCGUGAUUAUCAUCAUGCAAAUAUUGUUGAUAUGUAUGACAGUUUUUUGGUUGGUGAUGAAUUAUGGGUUGUCAUGGAAUAUUUAGAGGGUGGAGCACUUACUGACAUGGUUACACAUACUAGAAUGGACGAAGAACAGAUUGCUACUGUUUGCAAGCAGUGUUUGAAAGCAUUGGCAUAUCUGCAUUCUCAGGGAGUAAUACAUAGAGAUAUAAAAAGUGAUUCCAUACUUUUGACUACUGAUGGAAGAGUGAAAAUUUCUGAUUUUGGUUUUUGUGCUCAAGUAUCUCAAGAAUUGCCUAAGAGAAAAUCAUUAGUUGGAACACCUUAUUGGAUGUCUCCUGAAGUGAUAUCACGUUUACCAUAUGGGCCAGAAGUUGAUAUAUGGUCAUUAGGUAUUAUGGUUAUUGAAAUGGUUGAUGGUGAACCGCCUUUCUUUAAUGAGCCACCUCUUCAAGCUAUGAGAAGAAUACGUGAUAUGCCUCCACCAAAACUUAAAAAUUCCAAUAAAAUAUCACCCAGACUACAAGGCUUCUUAGAAAGGUUAUUAGUCAGAGAUCCAGCGCAAAGAGCAACUGCAGCUGAACUUCUACAACAUCCAUUCUUAAGAUUAGCUGGUCCUCCUUCGUUGCUAGUGCCAUUAAUACGAGGAUCCAGACAUAGCAAUUGUUAAAAGGUAAACGACUCAUUGUUUGUUUGUGCAAUUUUUGUUAUUUAUUAAAUAUUAUUACAUUACUUUUAAUUAUAUAACAAUUUUUUUUUUUUUUACCAAAAUUGUGUAUUAUUGAAGUUACUUGUAAAAUGUAACUUAACAUUUUAAAUGUAAAUUAAUGAAUUAUUGUAUUUUUAUAACUAUAUUUGUAUGUGGUAUUAUGUAAUAAUUUUUAGACAUCGAAAAUCUUUUCAACUUUUUUGUCACAAGCUCAAUAUGACAUACUUAAUGUUUAAUGAUUAGUGCCUUAGUUGUAAUUUUUGAAUACUUAUACAAAUUCAUCAAUUCAAUUCUCCAUUAUUUUACAUAAAUAGAAACCAAAGAUGGAGUAAAAAUAAGGUUAAACUUAGUUCUGUAAAGUGUACCUUCACUUGUAACCAGGUGCCUUGUCAGAUAAUGUGUAUAUAUUUUUUUAUUUAGUAUAAAAAUAAUAUUUUGUUGUACAUGUUACUAAUUUAGUUGUUUGUUCAUAUAAAUAUUCAAUAUUUAUUGAACUGUUACCAUGCUUGUGUUUUUACAGUAUGUGUAUCAAAUAAUAAUGUUGAAUUUUAUACGGAUCAUUAAACUUCUGAUUUCAUGGUUAUUAACAUGCGUAUUGUAAAAGUAACCACGCCUCUGUGUGUCAUGCACUUUUAUUGUUAACAUAACAUAACUAUUAGGUUAUUCAUUGAUUAUAAAUACCUUUUAUAAUAUAGUAUUUUAAGUUUACAGUAAGGCUGUUUAUUAAUUAAGAUGAGAAAUUUAUCGAACUUAAGUAAACAUACACACGGUACAAUUUAAUGCUUUAACAUUCCAAUUAUUGUUUUUGAUUAUUUGUUAAUUAAUUGUUUAUUAUUGACAUCAGUAUUUAAAAUGAUUGAAUUCACAUUUUUUACCUUCUAGUCAGUAAUUGAUUUAACCAAUCUUUUAAAAUUUUCAUUUGUAUUAUCUAUUUGACUUUAUAAUAUUAAUAUUUCACAUGAAUUUGUGGUAUUUAUAAUAUUCCCUAUCUAAUAAUAAUUUGUUAGAUCUCCGUGUGUACACUGUGUACUGAUUCUUUUUUUACUGAUCCAUUACAAGCUAUUGUACUUCAUAACUUAAUACCUUUAAGGCUAGGUUUAAAUUUUUUUUUACUUAUCAUUUAUGACAAAUUGUAGUAUUAUUAUUAUUAUUAUUAUUAUUUUCACUUGUUCAAUACAAUUAACACAAAUUAAUUAUUAAUGUACACUUGUGUAAUUAUAUUUUGUGAUAUCCAUUUUUAUUGAAAUACAAUUCAUAUUCCGUGUAUUCUAUGACCAUCAUAUUUUCGAUCAAAAACUUAAUGCUUGAUAUAUUAUUUUAAUUUUUAAUUUUAUCAUGUUUCUUGAAUAAUUUUAUGUUUGUAUUCCAUCAGUAUUUUUUGAUUUUUAUUUAUUAUUUAUUUGUUUAUGAUUAUUAUUUAUUGACUACUUAUAAAAUAUGAUUAUUUUUAUGUAUAAUUAUUAAUUAUCACUAUUAUUUUACAAUAUAUAUAUUGUAUAUAUAUUAUAUAAUAUAUAGGUAUGUAUUAACGAAUCAUCUAAAUGUUUAGUUGAACCUGAAAUGAAUAAUGUCAAGUUAAAAUAUGUUGUUAUAUAAUAUUAAAACAAAACUCAAUAUUAA